AUGGAUGUUGAAAAAACAAUUCACGAAAAUGAUAUUGUUACAUCAGCCUCUGGUGUAAUAGCAUUGUUAAAUGAGGAAGACGCUAGUUUGAAAAUUUUUGGAUUAGAAAAAUUAAAUUCAGUAGUAGAUAUAUAUUGGCCUGAAUUAGCUGAUUAUAUUUUUAAAAUCGAAGAAUUAUGUGAGGAUGAUGGAUUUAGUGGUAAAGAGCUAGCUAAUUUAGUUGCAAGCAAGGUUUAUUAUCAUUUAGAAAAAUAUCCAGAAGCUUUAAAAUAUGCUUUAUGUGCAGGCAAAUUAUUUAAUAUUAAUGAAAAAUCUCAAUAUAUAGAAACAAUGCUUGCAAAAUGCAUUGAAAAGUAUGUAGAAAUAAGGGAAAAGAAUUAUGAAGGUGUAGAUUCAAACUAUGCUCGAAAUAAUGCUAUUAAUUAUUCUAAUAAUGAAAAUAGUUUUAGUAACUCUUAUACUUUAAAUACUAAUUAUAAUAAUAUAGAUCCUGGAUAUAAGCGAGGAAAAGGUGACCUAAACACACAUAACAGCAUUGAUAACGAUAAUAAUAAUAAUAAUAGAAAUAUAUAUGAAAGUUACGAUUACAAUACUAAAGGAAUAAAUGCCAAUACGACCACCAAAAACAGUAAUAAUAUAUUAAUCGGAGAUAAUGAAAAUGAUAAAAUAAAAAAUGAAAAUAAUAUUUUUAAAGAUGAUCUAAAUAAUGAUAUAAAUAAAAAAAUGGAAAAAUUUGUUGAUGAUAUGUUAGAAAUAUGUAUUAAAAAUAAUAGUAUAAAGGAAGCAUUAGGAGUUGCUCUUGAUGCUAGGCGUUUAGAUAAAGUUGAAUAUAUAAUAUUAAAUGCACCAAAUAAAUUAGAAAUAUUACAACAUUCUAUUUUAAAUGAAAGGCACAUUAAUACCACAAAAAAAUUCCGUAAAGAUUUUUUUAGAUUACUUGUAAAAAUAUAUCUAUCAAUGAAUGAAGAAGAAAUAAAAUACGAAUAUGUAAAUUUAUGUGAAUGUUUAUUUUAUAUUAAUGAUUAUAAAACAGUUGCUGAAAUAUUAUUAAAACUAAUUGAAAACUAUCAUUUAAUGGUAUAUCAAAUUUCGUUUGAUUUGGUAGAUUUAGAAAAUAUAAAUUUUUUAAAAAAUAUUUUAAAAGAAAUAAAAGAAAUUAUAAUUAAAAAUAAGUCUUAUUAUUAUGGGGAAGAAAAUUAUAAACAUCUAAAUACAGAUUUGUCAAAAAAAAAUAAUAAUAGUGGAAAUAAUGGUGGAAAGAGUGAGCAUGCAUCUGAUCAAGAUGUAAAAAAAGAUGAUAGUCAAGAAUCAAAAAAUACACAAAAUGUUCAAGAUAAUUCAGAAGGAAACGGUCAAAUUGGAACAAUAAAUGAUGACACUGACCCAAUUGGAUCCACGUCUGUUGUUGCAAAUAGCGAUGAUAAAAAUGAUAAAGAAAAUACAGAGAAAGAUAAAAUCCCUGAAGACGUACUCAUCUAUGUAAAUGAACAACAUCAUUUAUAUGAAAAAAUAAAAAAAUUAAUUUUUAUAUUAACAGGAAAAAUAACAACAAGUUUGUAUAUUGAAUUUUUACAUCGUAAUAAUCAUGCUGAUUUAAUUUUAUUAGAUAAUUAUAAAAAUGUAAUAGAUUCAAGAAGCAGUAUAACACAUCAUGGUAUUGUUAUAGCACACAGUUUAAUGCAAGCUGGAACGACUUGUGAUGUUUUUUUGCGUUCAAAUAUUGAAUGGUUAUCUAAAGCAGUAAAUUGGGCUAAAUUUUCAUCAACUGCUUCAUUAGGUGUUGUAUAUAAAGGCCAUGUUAAUCAAUCUUUUAUGGUUUUAUCAUCUCAUUUGCCUUAUAAUGAUAUAUCAAGGCAGAUUACAAAUAACAUAAACGCAAAUAUAUCACAAAGCGAUGUAUAUUCAGAGAGUGGGUCUUUAUAUGCAUUGGGUUUAAUACAUGCUACUUAUAAUACAAAUUAUAAAAAAGUUAGAGAUUUUUUAUUGUCGCAAUUAAAAGCAAGUAACAAUAAUGAAGUAUUACAACAUGGCUGUUGUUUAGGCUUAGGUUUAGUAUGUUUAGAACAAAAUGAUGAUGAACAAGUAUAUGAUGAAUUGAAAUCUGUUAUGUAUUCAGAUUCUGCAGUAUCGGGUGAAAGUGCUGCAUAUGCAAUUGGAUUAUUAAAAUUGGGUAGUGGCGAUGAAAAAUGUGUUGAUGAAUUAUUAGCAUAUGCUCAUGAUACACAACAUGAAAAAAUAACAAGAGCAUGCAGUAUAAGUUUAGGUUUUGUUAUGUUUCAAAAAGAAAGAGAAGCAAAUAAUUUAAUAGAAGAAUUAAUAAAUGAUAAAGAUGCAAUAAUAAGAUAUGGUGGUAUGUUUACAAUUGCACUAGCAUAUUGUGGUUUAUCUAAUUAUAAUAAACAUAUUAUUAAAAAAUUAUUACAUUUUUCAGUUUCAGAUGUAAGUGAUGAUGUUAGAAGAGCUGCUGUAAUAGCAUUAGGUUUUGUUUUAUGUAACACUCCUGCCCAAGUUCCAAUGUUUUUAAAUUUAUUAGUAGAAAGUUAUAAUCCACAUGUACGAUAUGGUGCUGCUUUGGCAUUGGGUAUUGCAUGUGCAUCUACUGCUAAUGAAGAAGCUGUUAAUAUGUUGAUCCCACUUUUAACAGAUACUACAGAUUUUGUUAGACAAAGUGCUUUUAUAUCAUUAGGUUUAAUUUUUCAGCAAUCCAAUGAACAUGUUAGUCCAAAUUUUAAAAAAUUUAAAGAUGAAAUAAUGAAAAUAUUAUCAGAUAAACAUGAAGAUAUUAUUGCUAAAUUUGGAGCUACAGUAGGCCUGGGUUUAUUAGAUAUAUCUGGUCGAAAUGCUAUUUCAACAUUUUUUACAAGAAGAGCUAAUAUUAUAAGGCCGCAGUCAGCAGUUGGUUUUUGCUUAUUUUGUCAAUUAUGGUAUUGGUUUCCAUUAAUUCAUAUGAUUAGUUUAACUUUCUUACCAACUUGUUUAAUUGGAUUAACAGAAGAUUUAAAGGUUCCUAAAAAUUUUACUAUUUUAUCGACUAAAAAUCAAGCUUUUGAUUAUCCUUCCUUUUUAAGCAAAGAAAAAAUUCAAGAAAAAAAAGAAACUGUUACUGCUAUUUUAUCAACAACUGAUAAAAGAAAAACAUUAAAAUUGAAAAAACAAAAAAAUGAAAAUAAAUUAACAAAAGAAAAAAACCCACAAGAUGAUAGUAGCUCAGUUCUUUCUGAUGGAAAGUCAAUGAAAAAUUUAGAAAUCCUAAGCACUGCUGCAACGAUUGGACAAUCAAGCCAUGUUUCCCAUGCAGAGAGUGUUGAAGGGAGUGCAAAUGGCGAAAAUUUAAAUGAUCAGCAAAAUGAUGCAAACCAGUUUUCACAGUUACAACGAAUUAAAAAGUCAGACAAGGGAAAGUCACCUUCUCUUUCCCACACGAUUAACACGGUUGAUAUGAAAAACCCAUGUAGAGUAAUAAAAACACAAGAAAAAUAUAUAGAAUACUCUCCAAAUAGUAGAUUUAAGCCAAUUAUUAGUACCAGAAAGUUUGGAUUCGUCAUGCUUUCAGAUACGACUCCAUCCGAACCCUUUGAUUUCAUUGAACCUAAAUUAGAAAAUGGAAACAAAAAAGAGGCUCCACCAUUUGAACCUUUUUCUUGGAAGGAUGAAAAUUAA